UUUCUUGUUCCUUGUUCUUCUGAAGGAUAACCAAGUUAAGGAUGUGUACUAUCCUUGGAAGCAAGCUGGAUGUCUGGAUCGGGUUACCGCGACCAUCGGGACUAUCGACGCUGGAGCGAACGUGAUUUCAACUACGAUGAAGGAAGACACAGUAGUCGGGAUGGACACGGAAGAGGACGGGAUCCGCGACGGGAGCGCUAUACUGGCGAAGAGAGACAACCCACCGAUAGGGGCUACGCUCAUCGAGAGGGGCCCCGACGACCGCCGGUCACUUGUUACGAAUGCGGGGAGCCGGGACACUACCGGAACCAAUGCCCUAAGCUCGUUGGAGAAGCAAGCUCGCACCGGGGAAGAUCGUCAUCGCCAGGGCACCUGGUCAGAGGGAUUGAAAAGCGAUCGCUGUCGGAAGAACCAGCUAUCAGGAAACAGCUGGAGGUUUCGACUACCACCAUCGCAAGCAUGAAGAAUUUUAUUGAUGCUGAGCAGGAACGUAAGGACGAAGAAGAGCGACGUAAGAAAGAGAAUGAGAAGCGGGAGCAGGAGAUUGCCGAAGAACGCAAACGAGAGGAGUUGGAGCAACAAGCCAGGGAACGACGAGCUAGGAAAAAGGAAGAGAAGAAGAAGAAGGAGGCAGAGGAUAGAGCUGCCAUACUGAAGGAGAUGCGCAUGGAGAUGAAACUGCGUAUGAAGGAGGCUAAAGGGAAGACGAAGGUGCCAGAUUACGCAUCGGAUGACUUCGCCGACGACUCCGAUGAUAGCGAGAUUGAAGGCCUUAGCGAGCAAGCGGAACGAUUGAUCAUCCACGAGAAACACAAGCGAGGAGCUGAUAAAACAGUGGGGGACAGCCGACCCGUAACAACCCCCGCUAAGAGAUCGGUCAAGAGGGGAGGGAUGGACCCGAAGAAGCUGAUGCUGAGGUGCCGCCACCCAUCUCUGAAGAAGCCAUCCCCGAGGAAGCGGACACCGGCAUCAGCGACGCUGACCAGACGACGGAAGAUCCCAGCAUCACCAGGUGUGAUGGAAAAACUGAAGUACGUUCAGGAGAAUCUGCAGGAACUAGGCGCGCUUAAUAUGGAGGAGUUGAAGACGAUUUGUCGUGGUGAGGAUGUCACGGUCGAAGGAAAGAAGAUGGACAUCAUUUUUGCGAUUACAGAAAAACGCGCCCAUACCGCCUAUGGCACCGACGAGGACGAAGGUGCUAGGAAGACUGUGGAAGCCGAGGAUGAAAAGAAAUCAGCCAAUGAGUCCGGGGAUGACAAGGAGAGUGAAGCGUGAAGAAACAACGACUACUGGAGGCUUUGUAGGGCCCUGAUGAUUGAGAGAAGGAGAGGAUCGUACAAUGAAGCAGUUGAAAUAGU